CGAUCUCAGAUGUAUUGCGUCAGACGUCAGACAACAACAUGGCGGCAACAAUUCGUAUCCUUGGCGCAAAAUUGUCGCGUUCAUCUGUGUUAUAUUUUCUCAAAAGCCAUCCCUUCACGACAACGAUUUUAAGGUUUAGCUCAGGUAGUUUCUCGAGAUGGCGAAGGCUUUAUCUUCCUCCCAGAAAGAGCUUGCAAUGGCGACUCAUAGCGGGAUCAACAGCUGGUGUGCUCUGUGGAGGAAUUGCUUUCUGUAUGAGCUCAGGUGUUGCUGAGAGAAUGAGCAGAUUAGCAAAACGUAAUGAGACCAAUGAACUCCAAAGGCUGAUUGAUCAAGGUCAUGAUGUCAACCAAAAGCAUCAGCUGGGAUGGACUCCACUUCAUACUGCAGCUUUUAAUGGCAGUGAGAGGUCUGUGGCACUCCUACUAAAGGCAGGAGCUGAUGUCAAUGCAAAAGAUGAAUUCAGCACAGCUUUCCGAACUGCUCAAAAGAAGCACAUGAGAUCCUUUGAUGUGAUAUUCAUGCGAGAUGAUGACUUCAGUGACAAACUCCAUCGCGGUGCUAACUUCAGUGGCUUUACCCCACUCCACUAUGCAGCUCUUGGCGAUAGCCUUGAAUGUGUCCAACUCCUUCUUAAUGCUGGAGCUGAUCCAACUCUUAAGGAUAACUCAGGCUACCAAGCAGUGGAAUAUGCAGGGAAUGUAAAGAUUAAAGAGUUCUUGAUGAAAAACAUGGAUAUGUAUGUGAAACAGAAAAAGAGGAGAGAGAUUGAGGAAAGCCGGCGAUAUCCAUUGGAGAUGCGAUUAAAAGAGAAUAUUGUAGGACAAGAAGGAGCCAUCCUCACAGUUGCUGCAACUAUCCGUAGGAGAGAAAAUGGUUGGUACGAUGAAGAACAUCCCCUUGUCUUCCUUUUUCUUGGAUCUUCAGGGAUUGGAAAAACAGAGCUUGCCAAACAAUUGGCUAGGUAUCUUCACAAAGACAACAAGAAGGGUUUUAUAAGACUGGACAUGUCUGAAUACCAAGAAAAGCACGAGGUUGCGAAGAUGAUCGGCGCACCACCUGGUUAUAUUGGACACGAUCAAGGUGGUCAAUUGACGAAGAAACUUAAGGAGUUUCCAAAUGCCGUGGUGUUGUUUGACGAGGUUGAUAAGGCCCACCCAGACGUUUUAACAGUCAUGCUCCAAUUGUUUGACGAGGGUCGUUUGACGGACGGACAAGGGAAGACAAUUGUAUGCAAAGACGCCAUAUUUGUGAUGACUUCAAAUCUUGCUAGUGAAGAAAUAGCAAAUCAUGCAUUGGAGCUGAGAAGAGAAGCAAAACUAGCUGCAGAACAAAGAGAAGAGGGUCAUGAAAUAUGCGAAAAAGUUACUAUAUCAAGAAAGUUUAAAGAGAGAGUAGUCCAGCCCAUUCUGAAGCUUCAUUUCAGACGAGAUGAGUUCCUGGGUCGCAUCAAUGAGAUGGUUUAUUUCCUACCAUUUUCACGCCCAGAGCUGUUAAGCCUAGUGACGAAGGAGCUGGACUUCUGGUCAAAGAUGGCGUUGAAUCGACAUGAUAUCCACAUGACUUGGGAUAAAGAAGUCUUGGAUGUACUGGCUGAUGGUUACGACGUACACUACGGAGCGAGAUCCAUAAAACACGAAGUUGAAAGAAGAGUUGUCAAUCAACUUGCUGCUGCGCAUGAGCGAGAGUUGAUAAGCCCCGGAUGCACCCUACACUUAACAGUGGACUACCCCAACAAUAAAAGUGGACGGAACUCACAAGAAGUAACUCCUACCAUCAAACUGCAGCUCGUGAAGGAAGGAAAAAAGAACGUCGACAUUGAUGUUGGAAAUUAUUUCGUUCCUGAAGAUAAACUAUUCUUUUGAAGGAGACAAAGAGAGGGGAGACAAACCGGAACCGGAAAUGAAUUUGAAUGGGUAGUCAGCAGGGAGAAUUAAAGACCGGUACCUUGUUAAGAUCUUCUUACCAUUCCAUUCUUUGGUCAUGAAUCAGUCGCUGUUCAAAUGCGUACAGAAUAAGUUGUGCGCAUACACCAAAAACGAGAUUAUCUUAGAAUGUUUAUGGAGAACACGUUAACUGAAUGUUUGGGCAGAGCCUCGUGAUGGUAGUUGUGGAAUCAAAGGAAGACAUGUGUAGACACUGUUCUGGUUAAGCCCUCUUUAAAUGUAAAUGUGCGUAAAGAAAUACAACAGGGCCAGGAUUGGACCGAACUCGACGGGCGCCGAAAAAAACAGCAACUGUGCAAUGAAAAACAUCUUAGAACCGGAUUGCUUCCGAGUGCAUCCAAAAUUUCAAAUAAUGGAGAAUAUAAAGAAAAAACUAUUUAGUAAGUAGUUUCAGUCAUCAUUAGGUAUAGUGAGUUCCAUUGAUCCACGUCCCUCUCUCUCCCCCUUCCCUCCCCUCCCCACCAAAAAAAGUCGUUGCCAAUUGUCGUUGCCCUUGUAGGGGUUCCUUUUCAGGGUCAUUUGAAGCUUUUUUCAAUAUUACAUCCAACACUAUUCCUGAGACCUACUGAACUCAUUUCAACUUUGCAAAUACAAGGUAAAUAUAACCAGUGAAAUAUAUUUGUGCUGGAAACAUUCCAAACUGAGGACAUAAUCCGAAUCCACGAUUAACCAUCACAUCAGUAUCUUGUGUCUAUUUAUUUCUUAUUAAAUCAUUUCUUGAUACGAUACAUUCUUCUUCGCGUUCCUACUGUAUGAAAAAAAUCUUCUAAAAUGAAUUAACUCGUUAUAUUACUUUAAAAACUCAGAAACGGUGAAAGAAAACCAAGAAUAAAGCCGAAGUAAAACUUAA